UGUUAAAAGUUUUGCUUCGAGAUGGCACACUUACUUACUCUAUCGGUAUUAACAUCUAUAUUGCUUGCUGGAUAUUUACUAUUUCGUUAUGGUAACAUUCCUCAUCAACAUAUCCUUGUAACUAUAUCGGUAUUGACAGCCUGGUGUUUUUCUUUUCUUAUUGUGUUUACAAUACCACUUGAUGUCACAAAUACUUUGUAUCGUCAAUGUUUACAAGAGCAUAACAGCAAUGGUUUGUUAAUUACAUCUCCGAACCUGAAUAACUUACAUGUGGAGAUUCUCCCAGUCGCUGGCACAGAAUGUCAAGCGCCCUGGGGUAUGAUUCCAGACUCAUUAUUCCCAAAUUUAUGGCGAAUUAUAUAUUGGACAUCACAAUUGCUUACCUGGUUGAUCAUGCCGUUAAUGCAGUCGUACUUAAAAGCUGGCGAUUUUACAAUCAAAGGGAAAUUAAAAUCUGCACUUAUUGAGAAUGCUAUAUAUUACAGUUCCUAUCUAUUCAUAUGCGGGAUUUUGCUAAUAUAUAUAGCAGCAAAAGGUGUAUCUCUAGAUUGGCAGAAACUCAAAGCCAUUGCUUCUUCAGCUUCUAAUACUUGGGGUUUAUUCUUACUAGUGUUAUUGCUUGGAUAUGCGUUAGUUGAAGUGCCUCGUUCACUAUGGAAUAAUGCUAUACCUGGAUUCACUUUGCAAUACGCGUAUUUUAAAGUCGCGAAAUUAAAUUCGAGUAAAGCAGAGGCAGAGGAAAAUGUAGAGGACGUUUUAGAGUCUUUGCAAGGUAUAAGUCGCACCGUUCCAAACAAUCACCAAUUACGCCCCUGUGUGGAAACAAUAUUGCGCAAAGUACCAACAGAGCUUUUGGAACGUGCUGUACGGAACUACACAAGAGGUGGUGGUAGUGGUGGAACCUCAUCAAUUAUACCUUCUGAAAAAGCACUGGUACGGAUUCACAAGCAAGUAAUAAAAUCAUUACAGACCUUAGAACGUAGCGAGUCUCUUUGGAGUGUGCAAGUAGAGAAUGUUUUCUAUCUGGAAGAUGUGUCUCGUAAUAUGCAUUCUCAAGAUCGUCGAUUUAAAUCAGAAUUUCCGCCGCAAAGAACGCAACUAGGCAAAAUUAUGUACAGCCCGUUAAUACAUUGGUAUUGGGAGUGUUUCUGUAAAGCUCAUUUUUUUAAAAUGUUAUUUGUUUUGGCGUCAAUGAUGUCGAUCAUGGUUGUUUGGAGUGAGCUUACUUUUUUUAAUAGACGCCCAGUGCUUUCCAUAUUUGCAAAUGUCAUAAAUUUAGCUAAGUAUAGCUACGAUUUUUUCACUAUCGAACUAUUUUCAAUGAUAGUACUUUGUUAUCUUUUUUACUGCACAUAUUCCACUAUUUUGCGCAUACGUUUUCUUAAUCUAUAUUAUCUGGCACCUCAUCAUCAAACAAACGAGCAUAGCUUAAUUUUUAGUGGCAUGUUAUUGUGCCGAUUGACUCCUCCAAUGUGUCUUAAUUUUCUUGGACUGAUACACAUGGACUCACAUAUUAUUAAAGAGCGCAUUCUUGAAACAUACUACACCCAAAUUAUGGGUCACAUGGAUGUUAUUGGGAUAAUUUCUGAUGGGUUUAACAUUUAUUUCCCAAUGUGUAUGUUGGCCUUUUGUCUCGCUACUUGGUUUAGUUUGGGUAGUCGUGCUUUAAAUGCUAUGGGUUUUCAACAAUUUCUACAAAACGAAACCAUUGCAACCGAGUUGGUUCAAGAGGGAAAAGAUCUAAUAGCAAGAGAGAAAAGACGUCGCCAACGUGUAGAGGAAGCUUUAUCAAGACGUAGGGACCCCACUUCUAUAACAAAUGAAUAUAUUGCUAAAUAUCGCAAUUUAAGUGGAUCCAGCAUACAAGCUGGCGGUUUUGGUGCACACCGUACUCCAACAGAUGGGCUUUUGUGCGAUGGGGAGAGAGUUGGUUACGCGACUGUUUCAACGUCUUUAAACUCUCGAUCGUCACCAUUAACAGUACCUCGCAGUCUAUCCGAAGAAAUUAAUGAACGCUUUGGAUUAAGUACUCAUGUAGAAAUCGGAUUUAAAGGUACCGCGAAUACCUUCGAUCGGAAUGAGACAAUCGAAAGCUCUGAGAACAUGGAAAGACGUAUAGGAUCACCACCUCGUGACCUCUUUGAUGAUGUUUGAACAUUAACUUUUAUUAAAUCCAUCACGAAAAAACCAGUUGAAACGGUAUUUAAAAUAAUCGAAUACCACCUAAUUAAAAUUUUUUAGCAUGCGAGCUAAAAACAAGAUUUUGGUUAGUAUUAUAUAGAAUAAUAAAUACACGCUUACUUAGAUGAUUAACACGAAAAUGUUCGACAUAAUUAGAACAAAUGUUCUAUAUAGAUAAGUAAAUAUUUACGCAUAUAAAAAUAGUUUUAAAUAUGAGCGUAUGAAUAUAAAUGAUUUUAAUUUAUAGGAUAAUAAAAUAUGAAAUUAUAUAUCUACAUAAAGUAUGUGAAGAAAUACUUUACACACUGAAAUAAACAGUAAAAAUU